AUGCGUUCUCCCGGUCAACCCCUCUUGACCGUCACACCCAUCCACCUCGCCAUCCUCACCCUCUUGACCAUCCUCGCCGAUCUUCAGAAAACCAACAAGAACCAACCCGAACAGGAGCUGCUGCUGAUUAUCUCGACAGAGUUGAUAUUCGAGAACCAGCAGCUUGAGUCGAUCGCAGAGUUCUAUCAGCUCAUUCGGGCCAAGGCGAAACAUAUCGAUAGACUCCGAUUGCACCAACUUCUCUCAUCAAUCAACCAGGCCAUCAGCAUCACCUUCUCGGUCGAUGGGCUCUAUCGAUUCCUUAACCGGCUUCAAGCUCUCACCUCACCGCCUGCUUCGGAAGCAGAGCUAGAGAUCCAGCCAGACUCUCCGGUGGGACUAUACGUCCGGCGAUGCAGGCUGUACAUCUCCAAAUUAGAAUUCGAUCAAUUAUCGGACCUGGCCAGCCAGCUCAAAUCGUUCUGCACAACUACACGAGCUCAUUCAGACUAUUUUCAAUCCCGGGCCGCUCAGCCUAUUACCACCCCAUCACCAGGCCAUAGUUUUCUUCACUCUGACCGGAUCGAUCACGCGCCCUUCUCCACUUUUGAUCAUCCACGCGAUGUUGAUGGAAAGGAAGUUGAUCCGAUUGUACAGGCCUACUUAGACUUCACAGAUUCGUAUGCCCCCGAUUAUAACAAAAGCUCCAUUGGACUCCGGAAGUUUUACGAUAUCAGAUCAUCCGUCUCAGGUACUUUGUGCCAGCAGACAAGUGCGAAAAUGUCGCACCUGUCCGGCUCAAACCAUCAGCAAGCCUUACUCUCAUUAGCAAAGUUCUAUUUCUCCUUUGAGGCCUAUCCGACCGCAAUGGAUGCUCUGGAGGAAGCAACAAGGUUGGCCCGGCUGGCGGGAGAUCGGACGAUUAUCGAUCAAUGUACCUGUCUUCGACGAAGGAUCAUGUACUUUUCCGGUUUGGAAAGCGAGGAUGGUGGCGUCGAGAUAGAUCAAGUGCCACUUGCCGGGCCGAUUCAAGCACAAGCUUGCCUCCAGUCUCUUAGAAACCUGGGAAAUUCUGAUCAGAAGGACAGAUCAAAGGGCAAGGCCAAUGCUUCUGCUAGUGCCAAUGAAUGGCUUUACUGGGAUUCGAAUGAGGAAAUCUUCUCCGUGUUUAAAUCUUUAUCCAAAGCGGAACCUAUGAACCACUUACAUGCAAGGUUGUUUCGCGCUAGUCGGAUGAGGAUAACCAAUCCGGAAGGCGGGGCGGAAGAAUCAGCACCCACGCGUUCUUCUUUCGACCGGGUUUCUUGGUUUGCAAUACAAGCAAGGCUUUGGGAUUUACAAGGACAAGCUGGUUUAUGUGAAAUUUAUGAAGAUUUAGCUUUGGACGUCGAAGAAUCCGAGAAUAAUCAAUUUUGGAUUGAAGAUAGAAUCAAAUUGAUCUCAAAGUCUGAUGUGCAUUGUCACCGAGCUCUGAGAUUGGCUAGGAACGGGAAAUUUUAUGAGGCUCUAUUGGAUCUUUACAAUGUCAUUAAAGAUAAUAGAUCCGAUUUUCAGUCGUUCAGGUUCAUUCAUGAGACUAUUUUCCAAAUCUUUACAGUAAAAGCCAAGCAUGAUGACGACGAGCAGGCUUUGAGGAGUGUUCGCAUGCUUCACCAAGUUCCUCCUCAUCAAUCGGUUUUCUUCCCACCAACCCUCGGCUUGGAUUCGUCGCCUUCGGUCCAUAAACAAAUCGAAGAUUUAUUUGAUCAGGCUGAACAUUUGAUGAAAUGCGGAAUCCAUCAUGCCGCUCUAUGUCCCAUCGUCUCCGCUAUUAGUCAUGCGGAUAGAAUGAAUCUGAAGCUCGAGCAAACCAAAGGGAUCAUCUUAUGGUCUGAAGUCAUCUUGCAUCUUCAACAGCAGCCAACAGCCACAUCUCAACCACAUCAACCCAAGAGCGAUGAUACAAGAGAACCACUGACCACGAGCUGGAUAUUCAACAAAAUCACCGGCCAUCAUCUCUUCGAUCUUCCUGGAUUGCAAUCUAAUCCUAUCCUUGCUGCAAAUCUACUAUUGGUCGUGGUUCGAUGUAAAAUGCUCACUUUAUUUUCCAUUGACAACCUACAUCACCCUGAUCAAGUUUACGAAAUAUUUGAUUUAUUUGGCUGGAUUGAUAAACUAUACCGAAAAACAGAUAAUGUCGAAGGAAUCAAGAGAGUAAUCGGCUAUCAAUUAAUCGUGAUUGAAGAAGUGCGGAGGAUGAUCCAAAGCUCGUCUUUCCGGGGAGAGUUCACUCCAAACUUUGAGGGAAUCUUGACUCAGCUCGGGCAAGAUUUAAGGAAUGACUGGAAGGAUCUUUGCUCUGAUGACCAGCGGCAAGAGAGCGACACCGGCAACCAGAGCAAAAAGAAGAAGAAGGAAUGGGAUGCAGGAAAUGAUGAGGUUGAUGAUGGGAUUGGAUCGUUGGAUUCUUUGCUUGCACGAGUCAAUGUUCUUUUCGCUCGGGCAUCUGUCAAUCGGUUCCUCUAG